AUGGCACUGGACAUGGAUAUCCACGGAUUGUUGGUCAUAGGUGAUUUGGAUUUGUUGAUCCAUCAAGUACAAGACAAGUGGGCCGCGAAGAAUGCCAAGAUCAUACCAUCUGUGAACCUCGCACAGAGAUUAUGCAAGAAAUUCAAAAAGAUCAAAUUCAAGCAUACACUAAGAGCUCAAAAUGAGUUCGACGAUGCUUUGGGCACUAUAGCAUCAAUGAUCCAGCAUCCUGAAAGCAGUCACAUUGACCUGUUGGAAAUAAGUUUGAGAGAAGAUCCCUCCUAUUGUUCCCAUGUGGAAGCGGAACCCGACGGCAAGCCAUGGUACACUGACAUCAAGAUGUAUCUGGGAAAAGAAGAGUAUCUCCAAAAUACCACAAGAAAUCAAUGGAAGACUCUCCGGAGAAUGGCCAACAGAUUCUUCCUGAACAAGGAAAUUCUCUACAAGCUGACGCCAGACCUAGGGUUGGUCCGAUGUGUGGAUGCCACUGAGGCUAUGAAACUUUUAGAAGAGAGUAUCAGGUUAGAUCCACUUCCGUGA